CAAAUUCGUUACCAGCUCAUCCACUCAUGCCAACUUGCGCUAUCUGUCAACGCGCAACGGCUCGUUGCUCUGGAUGCCAGGAGAUCUAUUAUUGCGGAAGGCAACAUCAAAAAGAGGCUUGGCCAGGCCACAAGGCUGACUGCAUGCGCACGCAGAAGCAGAAAGCAUCAAAGAUUCGACCGCCUCAGGGACCAGAUCCUUCGUUCACUCCAAAACCCGACCCUGGAGCAAAAGGAAAUAUCCAUUACGUGUCGGGCCCCAGUUUGUUUUCCCUCGACGAUCAUUAUGACGAUUGCAAAACGGUGCACUCUGCUUACGGCCGCCUCAUCGACGCCUAUCGAAUGAGAGUCGAAGACGAAUAUACUUUUAGAGGUGACAUGGACGGGACAGGUUUCUUGUACGGUGGAACGGUGUCAAAUCCGAUUCGGCAUUUCAGAGAAUUCGUUACGAAAGCUCAACGUCGCAACAGACAGCUGAUGUCCGCUGGAAAGCCUGGAGCACUUCCAGGCUGGUGGAAUUCUGCGGUAGAUAAAAAAGCGAUCGAGAAAAUGGCCCAGGAGGACGAUUGGUUCAACAUCAAAUACGCUGUCGAGAAGAGUGAUAUCCAAGAGCAUUACGGUAAUUCGCUUAUGCCGAUGAAGCUGAGGAUUCUUGGGGAAAGCAUCUGUGGCAGUCUUUACGAUUCCUGAACCCUGUUCUUUGCUGGUACCGUUCCGGUUUGGAGGGAAUAAGGAUAAGCUGUUCCAUUGGAAAUCAAGCACAUAGCAGACAUAAAUGGUCAACAGUUAGAAAUAAUAGCCGAAAGAAAUAACGAGAUGACAAGGCGAACACCUGGACGAAGCCAGCCGAAGAUACAGGCGGAGGAAGAAAAGGAUGGAAUGUGGGGUGGUUUGCUCCCCAACAACCCUAGCAAGCGCUUUUCUAGUAUUCUCCUUGCGAAUUCUGAGCAGCAAGCCGACUCUCGAGAUUUCU